UCAUCCUCUCCUGGGCUCAUCCUUUUCCCUAAGUAUCCAGGGCCACCUCCCUGGUCUCCACUGCUGACUUCCUCUUCCCUUCUCCAGGAUGGCCAGACGUUACCCCCUGCAAUUAUCAUUGACACUGAUGCCCCAUACUUAAUAAAGUCCAGCAAGGAAAGCUCCAGAGGAUCUGAGAAACUAAAGAGUCUAAUCCUGCAAUUUCUUCAGCAGUACUAUUUGAUCUAUGACUCUGAAGACCGCCAAGGUCUCCUCUGUGCUUACCACUACAAGGCCUGCUUCUCCCUGACCAUUCCCUUCAACCCCAAAGACCCAGCCCCAAGCAGCUUAUGCAAGUACUUCAAGGAAAGCAGGAAUAUGAAGAAGAUCAAGGACCCCUAUAUGCGUGUUCAGCUGCUGAAGCAUACAAAACAUGACAUUGUGUGCUCCCUCAGCACACUGCCCAAAACUCAGCAUGACAUCAGCUCCUUCGUGGUGGACAUGUGGUUCCAUACGGAGAUGAUGCUCUGCUUCUCUGUCAAUGGGGUGUUCAAGGAAGUGGAAGGAAGGUCUCAGGGUUCUGUUCGCGCCUUCACCCGGACCUUUAUUGCUACACCUACCAACAAUUCCAGUCUAUGCAUCGUGAAUGACCAGCUGUUUGUGAGAGAUGCCAGCCCAAAUGAGACUCAGAGUAUGUCCUCCAUCCCAGUGUCUUCAUCCACUUCCAGCUCUGUGUUCAUCCUCUCCAAGGAGCAGCAGGAAAUGGUGCAGGCUUUCUCCACUCAGUCUGGGAUGAAACCCGAGUGGUCUCAGAAGUGCCUUCAGGACAAUGAGUGGAACUACACCAGAGCUGGUCAGGUCUUCACUAUGCUCAAGAAUGAGGGAAAGAUCCCAGAGGACGCCUUCAAGCAAAUCGCCUAGAAGAAGCCUUGGAUGUCCACAUCAUCUUGGUUGUCUUUACUCCAGCCUAAGGUCAUGUUCAUGGCUGGGGAUGGAGGCCAGGCUAACCAUGAAACCAAAGUUAUCUUUAACUAGCAGGCCAGGUGACAUAACCACCUGAAGUAUUAGUUGUUCUGUGUAUUUCCCCCACUCGUGAUUUCUGUUUAUCUUCAUAAUAAAGAGUGAUGCUGCAUGUUG